GGCAGCACCAGCCAGGAAAGCGAUGCUUCUGUUGCUGGGUUACGCCGUAUACAGAGCCCAGCUCCGGCUUCGUGUCUCUGCUCCGCAGCCCAGUCCGGGCGGUCCCUGCUCUCCUCCUUGUCCUCCCACAGGCACUCUUGCUGCCGAGCAGUGGAUCAGAAAUGCCUUCCUUAGCUGGGCUGAUUCAGCCUCAAGCUAGUCACCACACCCCAGAGCUGAGCGCAUUGCCCUGAGGACGGUUUUAGAAAGCAUCCGGCUCUGUGGAGGCCCCACCACUCCUGUGAAGCAGGAACUGAAGCAGGAAGAAAGGCCGUCGUUCUUUUUGCAAGGCAACUACCUCUGCAACAAGCAUAUUGCAAGAGAGAGUCCUGUGCAAGGUCUGUUAUCACUAUGCAUUCCCGAGCGUACGUGUUGCUGGAAAGGGAACACCAGGAAUGGAAAGAAGCCAACGUUUUUGGCAUCUUUGCUGCUCCUAUUAAUGAUAACCUGCUAGAAUGGUUAGCUGAAGUCCAAGGGCUCAAGGACUCCCUCUGGGAAGGGGCUGUUCUCCAGCUCACCUUAAAGUAUUCUGAAAGGUACAACAGUGUCCCUCCAAGUGUUUCGUUCAACACCAUUCCGUUUCACCCCAAUGUGGAUCAACAUUCUGGGAAGCCUUGUAUAGACUUCCUAGACGACCCUAAGAAGUGGAAUCGGAAAUUAACAAUGUGUGGCAUUUUACUUAGUAUCCAGGUGAUGCUUUCUAAUCCAGUACUGGAAAAUGCUGUGAAUACAGAAGCAGCAGAAAUGCUGAAAAAUAACUUAGCAUUGUAUAGACAAAUGGUUAUCCAGUGUGUUAGAACCAGCCAACGCCUAGAAGAACUUCUUAGAGCUGAGAAUGAUUCUAUUUCUUCCCUGCAGUUUUAUCCAUCAUCAGAAGCAUCUUCUCUAGGCUGUAUCAGUUACAGAAGGAUUACAAGCAUUUCAUUUGAAGAUUACCACAGGACAUGGUCUGGAAUAGCCACAUCAAAAGCAAAAGAAUAUUUUAAAGCUCCAUUGUUUGAAGAUCCAGUCUUCAUAGGGAAUUACUACAGCUGGAAGGAAAGAAAUUUGACAGAAGCAGGCGGAUGGGAUGAGAAUAUAUAUAGAACAAUUAUGUCUCAGCUCAUCAGGAGGCAAAGGAAACAAAAAAAUGAAAGUUUGCUCAAUAUGAGCAAAGAGAAACAGGACAACUAUCAACUCUGGCAAACAACAGAUAUGCUAGAUCCAAUACCAAAAAGUCAAGCUACAGGUAGAGAGAGACCCAUCACCCAGGAAAAAGAGCCGUGGGAAGAGGAAGUGGACAAUCUAGUAGCGUGGACUAACACUCUCUCUACCAAAGGAUUAAAGGACUAAACUACAAAAUCUCAUAUACAAACCAGAAACUUUUAUUUUGAUAGGUGGUUAAAAACAAAUACAUUUACGUCAGUCCUAUGGGGAAAAUCCUAGACCUAUCACUCAGCCCUUUUUCAGGCAAAACUCCUGUCAGCUUUAAGUGAGCAAAGGUGAGUAAAACAUGCACAAGGAUAUUUUUCACAUCUGUGCAAACUCAGUUCCUUCACCCAUUCUCCUUUGUCUUCAGUGGGUUUGCAAAACUCUGAUUGGUGUCUCAGGUGCUACUACACAAGAUGGAAAAGAUGUGCUAGCCUCUGCAGGACUUAGAUCAGAAAACAACAACAACAAAAUCCGAUUGGAUUAGUUGCUAUAGAUAACUGGUGACCCUGGAUGCACACAGGGCUUGCUUAUACUGCUGCAGCAGCCAGAUCCAGGGAGGAUGGCACAGAGCACUCCCCAUCCACCCAAGUGCAGGCAUAUGCUGCCCUGACUUGUCUGUGGGGCUGUGGGAACUAUUGCAACUAUAAAUAUUCUAAUAGUUGCACAAUGUAUAAGGGAAACCAUAGAUCUGAGGAUUGCACUGAGGAAUACAAAUAUUCAGUGUAGGAAUCAGUUAGAAAACUCAGCUGUAUGAAUACCAUUUAAGAAUAUGUGUCUAAUCCUGACACUUAAAGAUGGGAAAGAUCCACCAGUAUCAGAAUUUCAUAUUCAUCACACUUAAAACAUAGUUGCCCACUAGAAUGUAUGAUAGCUGUUGAACCUACAUCACUAUGUAUCUACAUAGGAGGCAGCAUGAACUGAAAGCAAGAAAUGGGUGCCGGGAUCAUAGGAAAACCCAAGUAAGAUAUCUGUUCCACCACAAGCAGAGUCUGAGACUCUCUCUGUAAACUGUAGCUGUGAGAAUAAAUACA